GAUUUUUUUCGUUUUUCCUUUCUUUCUGCCCGCCCGUUCCGAUUUCUCUGCUGGUUUUUUUCGCGCCCUCUGCGAGCCGCAAGAUGCUGGCCCGCGCCCGAGACACUCGGCGCACCAUUCCUGUCGUUGUCCACCUCGAUCUGGACUGCUUCUACUGCCAAGUCGAACACCGGCGACUCGGCAUCCCAGUCAGCGAGCCUCUCGUCGUGCGCCAGUGGAACCUCGCCAUUGCUGUCAACUACGCCGCUCGCCGGCUCGGCAUCAAACGCGGCGACUUAUGCACCGUGCUCGAGAAGAAAUUCCCUAAUCUCCACAUCAUUCAUGUAGACCUGCUUCACGUGGUCAACGACAGCAUGUCUUCCUCUUCUCUCUCUCCUUGUUCCUCCUCUUCGUCUAUCGCUUGUUCUUCCUCUCCUUGUUCCUCCUCUUCGUCGACCUCUUGUUCUUCUCUCUCUCCUUGUUCCUCCUCUUCGUCUAUCGCUUGUUCUUCCUCUCCUUGUUCCUCCUCUUCGUCGACCUCUUGUUCUUCUCUCUCUCCUUGUUCCUCCUCUUCGUCUAUCGCUUGUUCUUCCUCUUCUUCUCUUUCUCGUUCUUCUGUCGUCUCUCCCGGUCUCAAUGGAGAGGGUCUGGACGGCGGAGACUUGUCUGGGGAACGGCAUGGCCUCGGAAGAGGGAAGGAGGGAGAAGAGCAAAUGCCAUCGGCAACUGUCUCUCCUGCGUUUUCACCUCGGAGAGAGAAAGGCGCGACUUCUUCUAUCCCCGCUCACGUACCCAGCCGUCCCGACACAGACAAAGUGUCUCUCGAGAGAUAUCGUCUGGCUUCCGACGAGGUUCUGUCGAUCAUUGUGGAGCAGUAUCCCUGUGUCGAGCGGGCUUCGAUUGACGAGGUCUUUAUCGAUCUCUCAAAUCAGGUGGCGGACAUCCUUUCGCCUUUCUUCCAGAGACUCGAAUUGAAUCGAUCUUCUUUUCCUUCUUCUCUUUCUUCUUCCGUUCCUUCUUGCUCGACAGAGCGACUGAACGAGACAGAAGAUGGGAGGAGGGAAGGAAUCGGACUCGGCGGCGCCUCUUCGCCUCCUUCCUCGGCAGGCCGAGGUCGACCUGACGGCCUCGAUUUGACUUCUCAGGCCGCCCUGUUGCGGGAGUGGCUCGACGGGAAGGGAAAAGCAGAGGUGAGAGCCGAACUCGGUGCUCUUCUCCCGGAGCUCCUCGACGACCAGGUGUACGUACACCUCGCAGCCGUGCCGCGGACAGGGCCGCCAGCGACCCCACAACGGUCUCUACCGGGAAAUGCCAUGCCUUUUCAUGGACUCGGCAGGAAACCUCCAAGUUCUGUCUGUCCUCGCGUAUCGCCACCCUCUGCUUCCUCUCCUUCCCCGUCCUCUUUUCAGUCUUCCUCCUCUUCUCUUCCGCCUCAUCCUUCUCCCCUCCCUGCUGCCCAUUCGUCUCUCUCGCCUUCUCUUUCUGCCUGUUCUUCGUCUUCUUCUGUCGCUGGCGAAGCGGCGUCGCGCAGAGUUGCCGGUUUCGGCGGGCCUCUGCCUCCUGACGACGUGGACCUCCUUAUCGACGUUUGCGGGGGAGAGACGAGGCGAAAACUCGACUUCUCUCUGGAGGCUCUGUGGCUGCUGGUCGGCGGCGUCCUUCUCCUCCGCCUGCGAAACCUCGUCAAGCUGCGGUCCCAGUUUACCAUGAGCGGCGCCGUCGCAAGAAGCAAAUUCUUAGCAAAGACAGCUUCUGCAAAGUUCAAGCCCGACCGGCAGGUGCUGGUCCCUUCCGAGCUGGCGGCGGACUUCCUCGGCCCUCUGGAGCUGCGAGACUUGCGAGGCUUUCGCGGCAAGCGCGGCCGGCGAAUCGCCGCAGCCUUUCCAGAUAAGCCGAGAGUCAAAGACCUCAGAGAAAUCCCCUUCGACCACCUCGUCGCCAAACUUGGACGCGAAGAGGCCGAAAGUCUCUCCAACGUCCUCAAAGGCGACCUCGAAGGCGAAGGAGUGAAGGCGAAUUUGCGUGUGAAGUCCAUGCUGGCCUUCAAGGCCUUUCCACCUGGCGCUGCGGACCCCGUACAGCUUGCGAUGAAUCGCGGCGGCCUCGCAGAUUGGCUCUCUGGCCUCUGUCUCGAGCUGUUUCGGCGAGCCGAACAGGAGUUCUCUGCCUACAAACGGGCUCCCAAGACUCUCACGGUGUACUACCGUACAGGGCCUCCGUGGUUUCAGCAGCUCUCGCGAUCAGGUCCGCUCUCGCCUCGGCGGAAGGCGCUCGCUGCUCCGACGCUCGAGGAGAUUCAGCGAGCGACUCUGGCGGCUCUUUUGCGGCUUUCGCGCGAGUGUGGCGCGCGCCUCCCACCCUGCGUCAAAAUCGGUCUCGCCGUAUCCGACUUUGAGAAUGCGGAGCUCGAGGCGACUCCGCGAAUCACCCAGUUCUUCCAAGUUGGCGUCUCCGAACGCCUGAAACGCCGGCGGGGCGCGGCUGCCCAGGACGCAGAGCCCAGAGGCGGCGCGGUGGUGCCGAAGCAACAGAGCGUCGAGGCCCACACAGGCACGCGAGAUGGCGGAGACAGGCGGGUGUCGGGACGCGCGAAUGUCUUCUCAGUGAAGCCUGCAGGUGGAGGCGAAGCAGUGGAGGCAGGCGACGGUGCGGAGAACGCGAGGCGAAGUGACGUUCGGGCCGAGGUGGAGACUGAGGGCGUGGUUGUCGACAGCUUCUUGGCGGCGGAGAAAAGGGGAGAGGCAACACCCGAACUCGAAGGUGUCUCUACAGUGGAACUGACUCCUGGGAAGCAGUCCAGAAGCUCAAGCGAGGCUGCGGGUUCCUUUCGUCUCUUGCCGACUUCUCCACUUCCCGCGAACGCUUCGAAAGGGCUCUCGAGGCGGAACGAGCGAACAUCUGAGAGAGACUGCAAGUCCGAAGAUGCAGCGAAAGGUGCCGGGGACGACGGAGAGGCCGAAGAGGACGGAGAGGACGGAGAGGGUCGCAGACCUGUCCAGAGUCCUCAAAGAGACGAAGCAUACGCCGACAGAGGAAGCUGUUCCUCAGUGGAAGAUGAGAGAAGCAAAGAAGAGUCUUCAAAACCGGAUUCCGAAAUGCACUCGCCCCUCCACACGCGAGGCGUCUCUCUCGACGUCGUCUACGUUUCCGAUCCCUCCCAAGAGGAGGCGAAAGCGAACAAAGUGUGUCUUGUCUCGACUGUCUCCUCUGCCGAGGACCACCGGGCUGACAGUGGCGACCGGACCUUGGAAGGCAGAGAAGAAGACGGAGAACACGGAGGUGACGGCCAGGAGGCGCGAGUCUCCGGGACCGACGGCGGAAAGAAGGUGGAAUCCGAGAGAGGUUCUGUUGCCGUCUCCAUCUGUCACCCUCGAAACGCGGUUGUCUCCCCAGGGCUCCUCGGAGUUAUCGGGUCUCCGCCCCGCAGUCACGACGCGAGUGGCGCGGGCGGCGAGGCGGAGCCCGCAGAGGACGCAUGGCAGGAAACUCUGCCUGUCGUUUCGGACGAAGACAAACGGGACGCUGAGACGAUUCCUGUGAGCAGCGACUCGGAGGUUGCGAUCGAGGACGAGGCGGAAGAGCGAGCAGGCUCUGGCGACGAAGCCGUGCUGCUGCUCUCCCGUUCGCCCUCGCUUUCUCCCGCCUCUGCUCGGUCGUCCUCGCCUGCAUGCAGCUUGGCUCGAGCCGCGCCGAAGUCGCCGCGCGGGGACCUGGUGCUCUGUCACCAGUGCAAGAGUUUGGUGCCGCUCUCAGAGGUGCAGGUACACCUGGACGAGCACAUGGCUGCGUUCGUUUUCAAGGAAACUAAUCCGAAGUGUUUGCCUUCGACGGCCUCGCAGGCGGUCGCCCAAGUCGAGGCGUCGCAGAGCCAGCGCGUGAGGGAGCGCAUGCGUCGAGAGCAGCAGCUGCUCGAGGAAGAAAAUCAGCUGACGCUCGACGCCUUUCUCCGUAGGCAACUCUUCGCGAAAAAGCGGAGAGUCGAUUUUUAGAGCCACCAGAGAUCCCCCCCAAAAGGCAGAAAACGCUUAGGAAAGUGUAGAUGCAGGGGCCAGAAGGGAACGCUGUGGGCUGUUAGAGAACAACUGGUUUGUGUUCAGUCCAGCGCGACCUUCAGAUGUCCGAAAACAGCA